GUAUCUGUAACCUGCGCUGAUUUCCACAGAUUUCCGUGUUUCAUGAAGUACAGAAUUGCUUCAAUUUAUGUAUUUAAUUUAUAACAAAUAUUUUAGUCUCUAUUAAAAUAAUAAAAUGAGACUCGAUUAAAUUAUGACCUCCAUAAAUUAAAAAACUUAAAUAAUAUUCGUCGUAAAGCAUAGCCAAGAACUAAGGAUGGAGAACAAUUUAAGUCGUAGCGGGAGCCGCUCGAGCUCUGUUUGCGAAUUAGAAAAAGAUUUAAGUGAUAUGGAAAUUAUGAAAUCUAGGACGAAUCGACGCAACGUAAUGGUUCGGUCACAACCAGCACGGAAAGCAAAACGAAUCAGGUUUUUUCGAAAUGGUGAUAAAUUUUAUUCAGGAGUCAUCAUUCCAGUCUUGCCAGAGAGAUACAGAUCUUUUGACAGUUUAACUGCAGACUUAACUAGGGUGUUAGUUGAUAAUGUUACAUUGCCUAGUGGUGUUAGAACGAUAUACUCUCUAGAAGGUAGAAAAGUAGGAAAACUAGAUGAUUUAGAAGAUGGUCAGUCAUAUGUGUGUAGUGGCUUUGGAGAACCAUUCAAGAGAUUAGACUAUGAAGCGAGUGCUGUUACACCGCAGUCAUUUAGAUUAAGUGGACCCGAGUCUCUCAGUGAUAGUGCAAGUCCAUCACCAGCCAGAGCUAACAAUCGAUUAUCCCGAUAUUUGCAGACAAAUGGUAGUAACUCUACUGGCAAUGGGACACCAAGAGUUAGCCCUGCUGGGGAUAAUGUAAUCCGGCCCCGUAUAGUUACUAUUAUUAGGAAUGGAGUGAAACCCCGCAAGGUAUGCAGAUUGUUAUUGAAUAAACGCAAUAGUCCAACUCUAGAACAUGCCUUGGCGGCGAUCACUGAGUGUAUUAAAUUAGACACCGGUUGUGUUCGCAAAGUAUUCACCCAAACUGGAACUCCUGUCACCGCUUUGCACCAGUUUUUUGAAGAGGAAGAUGUAUUUUUUGCAUAUGGAAACGAAAGAGUCAAUCAAGAAGACUUCGAACUCGAAUUUGAGGAAAGUAAGGCUGUUUUACAAUGUAGAAAAAGUAAAUGCAAUUCAAUUUCAAGAAAUACAAGGUCGGGCCCCAAGCCGCGCAUGCCGCUGCGGCCGGGCGCGCGCGCGGCUGCGGGUGCGGGCGCGGGCGCGGCGGGCGAAGGCGACGCGGCGCCGCUCACGGGCCUGCUGCCGCAACCGUUGCGUCUUAAGUACAGCGUCGGCAAGAUCAUAGGUGAUGGCAACUUUGCAGUUGUAAGAGUAUGUAAGGACAAAGCAAAUGGAAAGGAGUAUGCUCUUAAAGUUAUUGACAAGGCAAAAUGCAAAGGCAAAGAACAUUAUGUAGAGGCAGAAGUGAGAGUGAUGAGAAAGUUAUGCCACCCUCGCAUAGUUUCACUUAUUGAAGACCAGGACAGCCCCGAAUGGCUGUUUCUUAUCAUGGAAUUAGUUAGUGGUGGCGAUUUAUUCGAUAGUAUCGCAGCUGCUUCUAAAUUUUCUGAGCCCCAAGCGCGUUUGCUAAUAGGUCACCUAACAUCAGCUAUUGCAUACCUACACUCGCUUUCUAUCGUGCAUCGAGACAUCAAACCCGAAAAUUUAUUGGUUGAGGUGGGCUCAGACGGUAGUAUACGUGGACUGAAAUUAGCAGACUUUGGGCUAGCCGUAGAAGUAUGGCGACCGCUUCACGCUGUCUGUGGAACGCCAACGUACGUAGCGCCCGAGAUCCUGCUCGAAUCUGGAUACGGCCUUAAGAUCGACGUUUGGGCGGCGGGUGUAAUUCUCUACAUCCUGCUGUGCGGAUUCCCUCCAUUUUCGUCGCCCGACGGCGACCAAGAGAAGUUGUUCGACGCGAUCCUGUCGGCGCGGCUGGAGUUCCCCGCGCCGCACUGGGAGCGCGUGUCGGCCGGCGCCAUCGACCUCGUGGCCAACAUGCUCCGUCCGCAGCCCGAGCUGCGCUUCGCCGCCGAGGACGUGCUCGAUCACGCCUGGAUGUCGGAUGACUACGAUGAGAUGUGCGACUUUCGUACUUGGUACGAUGAAGACUCUUCAUAGCGUGCGCAGUCGGCGUCGCCGGCCGCUUGCUGUUUGCGUUGUGCUGCUCACGGCUAUGCAUGCCUUCAUAUUAACACCAAUACCAAAGUUAUUCCAUAAUGUAUGUAAUAUAAAAAUUAUCGAAGCAAUACUGCACAUGUGUGUUCAAUUUUCAAAAACGUUUUUUCGAUCAAAUUAUAGUGAUGCAGUAUCGACGUUGUUGUUCUGGUUUUUAUACUGAUGAUGUCCCCACUGAUUGAUAUGUUGAUAAUAAUUAAUCAUCUAAUGAAUUCGCUAUUUAUUUAUCUUUUACGCAAUUUAUGUAUAUUCUUUAAGAGAUGUAGCGGUAAUUAGUAUUUAUGUGGCUGUAAAACCAGUUUCUAUUUUAGUAUUAUGUAGUUUUAGUUUUUAUAUGAUCGGCCGAUAAAUUUAAAUGCAUUUAAAUCGUUGUUUUUUCGUAAUCAAUUAUAAACGAUCUCUAUUAUUGCAUUUGUAGGCCACUAGUAUAUUUUUUAUUGUUUAUUUAUGGCUUCAAAUUACAUUUAUAGUUUUAAGUAGCAUAACAUGCUCUUUUCUAGAGGCCUACUGCAUUAGGAGAGAUAUGUUGUAAUAACAGAAACGGCUAUCAAAAAUUAUACAAACUAUUUGAGUAAGUAAACGAAUAUACCAGUCUUUUGAAAGGGCUUUAAUGACUAGCUUUGGGCUCUUAAAAUGGUGCAUAUCUUCAACUUCCUAGGAAACUUAGGUUUUUUUUAGUAAUCAAACAAUAUUUUUAAAUGUAGAUUUGAUUAAUUUUAACAUUAUUAUUUACAAAUUUUUGCACAUAUAUAUACUUAGUAAUAAUAAUUGACUGUAUAAGACAUUUGGCACAAACAACUGCAUUGACUGUUUCUGUGAGUUUUUUUGUCUUUAGAAAAGAGUUUAAACUUUAAAAUAUAAUUCUUAAAACUCAUAUUAAGAUUGCGGCAUUAAAUGCUCUAUUACAUAAUACGUAAUUACGUUAAACCAACCCAUCCCAUACCCAUACAUUAUUAAAUUAGAAAAGUUUUUGAAUUUAUUACAAAUCUAAUUUAACUUCAGCUUAAAGUAGUAAUGUUAUUAUUACUAGUUACCGCAAUAAAAAUGUGUUAUUUAUGGCGCAAUACACAAAUAUCAUUUUAUUAAAAUAGUUUUCAUUUAUUUACAACAUAAGCAAAUUUGAACAAUUAUUUACAUAUUUAAAAAAACCACAUUUCAAUCAAAAUUAUGAACAUUGUGCAGUGGAACUAAAAUCCUUGUGCCAAAUUGUGAAUAAUUUUAUCAACUUUGAUAAUGAUUUAACUUUAAUGAAUGUUCCUCUCGAAUAUAAUAUUAGAAAUUUUGAUGUGAAACAAACAGUUAUAUUUGUUUAUUUAUGUUAAUUUAAUGAAAAAUCAUAAUGCAUUAGAGGAUUAAUAUAAUCAGACUGAUACACAUUCCUUUACAUUCUUUAAUAGUUGAAUAUAGUUUCCUUUUGUGUUAUAUUAUAAUAGACUGCCUGAAGAAUGUAUGUCCCAUAUAAAUAUGUGCCCAAAUGCUUUUCUUAUGAUUUGAACUGUCAAACCUUAUCUUAUUUUAUCCUGUGUUUUAUUAAAGCGAUUGAAGGAUUAAUUUGCUUAUAAAAUAAAUUAUUUAUUAUAAAAAUAAAAAGAUUUUUAAUGAUAUCCGCUUUUCAUAUCAAUGUCAUGCACACAUACACAAUGUUAAAUACAUUUUAUUAAAAGUGAAAAACUAUCAAAUGUUUAAUACUAUUCAAAUAUUCUAGAUGUAACAUUGUUUUAAAACAUACAUAUGGUUUAUGUGAAAUAUAUCUUCCGUGACAAAAUGUUAAAUAGUUUAUGUACCAACACAAACAUUGUAUUGUAUUGCCAAUCUGUUCAACAGUUAUUUUUAUAUUCAUUUAAUUUUGCAGCAAACAUUACGUGUAACAAUAAUGAUGAAUUGUAAGUGUUUCAACAUUUUAUAGUAGGAAUAAAUUGUAAUUUUGCUUAUCUAGAAUUAGAAAAGCUAGCAACACAUCUUUUAUAAAAAAGAAGCAAAUUUUUGAUAAUAUAUAUGAUUUGUAUGACAUUUAAAAAUUAAAGAAAGCUUGUUACAUUGUUCAAUA